GAUGUGCGGCUCAGCCUGGGUAGUCCAGCUGUGACAAAUCUUGAAGAAAAGCAAAGCAGAGGAAAAGAUCACCUAGCUAUUUCCUGGUCCGGCUGCAGCACAGCGUACAAAGCUACCGGCCGCAGACCUCAGGUGGCCGGAGUCACACCUCGGAUAGAGCCGGCUACGCGAGAUGUGCCAACUCCCGGGACGAGGGCGCGCUCAGGACUGAAGAAGGAAGCCAAAGGAGACAGGAUUUUGAGAAGUUCUUUGCAGAAGAAUAUUCCACCUGAACUAGAGGAUCAUGAUGACAACAAGAUUCAUCUGUUUAAUGCUAAUAGCUGUUGUGGGAGCUACUGCAAGCAAAACACAGGAAUUUGAAAGCAAUGAUGAAGAAACAGAACAAGAAUUCAUUUAUAUGAACAGAUAUAAGCGUUCCAGUGACACACAGGACAAAUGUACUUACACCUUUAUUGUACCUCAACAGAGAGUGACAGGUGCCAUUUGUGUUAAUUCUAAGGAGCCUGAAGUUCUACUUGAAAACAGGGUAAAUAAGCAAGAAUUACAGUUACUUAACAAUGAACUUCUUAAACAAAAGAGACAAAUAGAAACUCUCCAGCAACUGGUAGAGGUGGAUGGUGGCAUUGUUAAUGAGGUUAAACUCUUAAGAAAAGAAAGCAGAAAUAUGAAUUCUCGUGUCACACAACUCUAUAUGCAGUUGCUACAUGAAAUUAUCCGAAAACGUGACAACGCCUUAGAACUUUCUCAACUUGAGAAUAAGAUUUUGAACCAAACUGCAGAUAUGUUGCAGCUUGCAAACAAAUACAAAGACUUAGAGCACAAGUACCAACAUUUGAUGUCAAUUGCCAAUAAUCAGUCAAUAAUAAUUGCCCAACUGGAAGAACACUGUCAAAGAAUGCCACCUGUAAAGCCACUGCCACAAACUCCAGUGUCACCAAAUAAAGCGUACCAGCCUCCUACUUACAAUCGCAUUAUUAACCAGAUAUCUACUAAUGAGAUUCAGAGUGAUCAGAAUUUAAAGGUUCUGCCACCUACCUUACCAACCAUGCCUGCGGUUACUAGUAUUCCAACUUCAACUGAUAAACCAUCUGGGCCCUGGAGAGACUGUCUACAGGCAUUAGAAGAUGGCCAUGAUACAAGCUCCAUCUAUCUUGUAAAACCAGAAAACACAAACCGGCUUAUGCAGGUCUGGUGCGAUCAACGGCAUGACCCUGGUGGCUGGACAGUGAUUCAGAGACGGCUGGAUGGGUCUGUCAACUUUUUCAGGAACUGGGAGACAUACAAGCAAGGAUUUGGUAAUAUAGAUGGAGAAUACUGGCUUGGAUUAGAAAAUAUUUAUUGGUUAACAAAUCAAGGCAACUACAAACUCCUCAUAACAAUGGAAGACUGGUCAGGUCGAAAAGUCUUCGCCGAGUAUGCUAGCUUCAGACUGGAGCCAGAAAGCGAGUAUUACAAGUUGAGAUUGGGACGCUACAAUGGCAAUGCAGGAGAUUCUUUCACUUGGCACAAUGGUAAACAGUUCACCACGCUGGACCGGGACCAUGAUGUAUACACAGGUAAUUGUGCUCAUUACCAGAAGGGAGGAUGGUGGUACAAUGCAUGUGCUCAUUCAAAUCUCAAUGGAGUUUGGUAUCGUGGAGGACAUUACCGUAGUCGGUAUCAGGAUGGUGUUUACUGGGCAGAAUUCCGGGGGGGAUCAUAUUCACUAAAGAAAGUUGUCAUGAUGAUAAGACCUAACCCAAACACAUUCCACUGAAAUAGUUCUUCUCUUGGUUUGCUUUCUUGUUCUAAAAAAAUCACAUAAGGCUAUGAUGUUAUUAUCUGGAAUUAUCUUUUCAGGAAUGAGGAAUGUAAGAUAUUGUACAUUUAUUGCUAAUAUGUGCGGGCUUGUAUAUUGUAUUUUCAAGAAUCAUUCCAGGAAAACAAAGCUGAAAAAAAAAAGGAACUGAAAUGACAAAACAUUCAGAACACCUCUUGGUACUAAAAGUAGUUAAUAUUAAGCUUUUUAGAACUGGCAGUUUAGAUGGACUGUAGAUACACUUUCUGGUUUUUAUUCCCUGUAAAUUAAGUUUGGAUGGUAAAAAUACUGCCACAACAUUUAAAUAUUUUUGUAUGUUAUAUUAUGUAUAAAUAUUCUCAAAUACAGGAAAUAUUACAAACUGUACAGUAAGAGUUUUAUUAUUAUUAUUAACAGUCAUUUGACACAGGAAAUCAUAUCCUUUGAACUGUGUAGCUGGUAUAUGUACAGUAGUGUGAUUAUUCUAAUUUAAUCUUUGUUAACUGCCAUAAAUCAAGCUAGUAUUAUAGAAUUUGAUUUUGAGAGCAGAUACUCAAACCAUUACUGUUGUGAUAAAUCAUCUUUCCCCUUCACUUUGAGCAUUUAAUAAUCUGCUCCUAUAAAUUAGAAUUCACAUUUGAUUCAAAUAUUUUAGAUUAAAAACACCAAUGAUUUUUCUUACCAAAAUGAAGUAGCUACCUGCAUAUGGAAAUUAAUCCAAUUUACAACAGCUAUCAUGUGCUGUAUAGCCAACAUGUUACACUACACAACAACUGCCACAGUAUUGUGUACCUGCCUUCAGUCAUUACCUGCUGUGUAGCCUCUGUAAUCGGAAAUGGCUGGCUAUAAAUUAAAGGGACUAUCCAACUUUGCAGGCAAAUGAUGGAUACCAAUAUAUAAGCUAUUUAAUAUCCUUAGCCAGUAGAUGAAAAUUAUGUAAAGAAGUUAUCUGUAGCAAAGAGAAGCUGUAUUUAUCAUACUCCACAGUUAUAACAUAAUACUAUCAAAUUAUUAAAUAGAUUUACUCAUCUAUAUUUAGAAGUCAGUCAGAACUAUGAAAUACUGACAAGGAUAAUUCUAACAUUCUUCAGAGGUAGGUUUCUAGAAUAAUUGUUUUAACACCCAAUUCAAAACAGCAACUACUAUGAAAAAUGUAAGUUAAAGAAUGCAUAUAAGAGGGAGAGCAAAAGCCUCCAAAAGUUCAACAUAUUUUUCAGUAAGCCCGUAAGAUACUUACUGGGUGUUUGUGUGCGGGUGCUUGCACACUUUAUCCCUUAUUACCUCAUCAAUUCUUACAACGGUAUGAUGUGCAUUAAACUGACGUGUCAUGUAGCAUGUGUUGUAUAUAACUGAAAGUAGCGUUUUUAAUAUAUUAGAUUACCCCUGUAACACUGUAAUCCUUUAAUAAAGCAACAAAUGUUAUUCUGACAUGUUCAGAUUUCAUCCUGUUUUAGUUCAGAUUACUCCUAGCAAAGACUAGAUGGCGACUUAAUUGCACACCACUCUGCCUCAUGACUCGAAUCAACCCUGGUACACAACUAAUAUUAACGUGUGUGAAGUGUCUAAAUAUUGCAACAAUUUCCACACAUACCAAGGAGGAAGAACUUUUUGUAGGUCCUAUGAAACCCCCCAAAUUUUCAAACAGUAUUCAAGCUUUAUCUUCCACUGGUUUAUCUACCAGACUCUGGAAAACAAUUAAGCUUUAAGUAAAAAAUAUUAAAUGCAUCUAGUGGCUCUACAGCCUAGCCACAGUGCUCUAACAGUUAGGACUGAGCAUUAAGGCAGUAAAAUUCCUGUUGGCAUUUACAACUAACCACUAGUUUUGUCAGAAGAAAGCACACAGUAGACUGACACCUACCUUAGAAAUGUCCAUGGCGUGUAUGUACAUUCAACUUAUUGUAAGUCUAUAACUAAGUAAUCAACACUUCCUGAAGAUACUUUAGCAUAGCAAUAUUCUUAGGUCACAUUCAUACUCCACCCUCUUCUUGCGCUCCUUUGGUAACCUGCUACCACGGCAUAUCAAGGUAGAACACAAUGCAUAACCCAUGGACUAAGAUACAGGGGCAGAAAAACAAACAAUGCAUUAGCCAUAUGCAGAUUAGUUUGGAAGAACCUCAUGCUACUGGUAACUAACUACUCUGAGGUGUUUGCCCGCUUUUAAAGCAUGGGUCACUAUGAACAUUAUCUCCUUACACUCACAGGUUGCAUGAAAAGGACUAUCAGAAACUUUAUGAGGACAGCAAAUUCAAGAUACUCUUCCAAGUGCUACUUCAUGCUUGGCUUGAUGAAGGAAUACGGAGAACUUCAGGUAUCCGUUGUGUAGAUCUCAAGAAGGGGGCAUUUUCUAGAAAAGCUACUACAGGUGCUUUUCUGUAGCAGGAGAUAUGACUACAGAUACAUCUCCACCGUAUACACUCAUGACGGGCUUUAAACCCAUGUCCAGGCUAACAGCCUUUUGCUAAAAUAGCCACAUCCCUUAACCUUCCUACUUCAAACGCAAGUGAUUUACCUAGAGUCUUGUCCAUGUAAUUAAAAAAAGAUAGUGCACAAAAGUCAGUGUACAGAGACCUGUUUUAACCCUGGGGGAUACCACAUCUGAGAAAAGAACUUAGGCAAGCUAAGUUCUUAAAUGAGAUUGGCUGUGCUACACCCCUCCUCCCUGGAAAAGAAUAUGAGGAAGAAAAAGCCUUUUAAAGAAGGCUUCAUCAUAGGGACUUCGCUCUUCCCCACACUUUCAGCUAGUAUGAUAGCACUUGCAGAUAGUAUUGUCAAUGAAAGGUGAAGGACAGACCAUAUAAUGGUGAGCUCAAAUAGUUAACCUGUAAGGAAAAUAAGCACGAGAUUAAAAUACCACUAAGAAACACAGUUCAUAGGUAGAGGAAAACUGCAACUAGCAUCAUAAGAAACCAGCAACAUCUCAUCUAAAGAUGGGUGAAGGAUACACACAGCUGUAGGGUGGACCCAAACCAAAGUAGCAAAAAAAUAUCUGGUCUAAAUUAAAAUUUCUUUGUAAAGUCAAGUCUUAAUCUAAAAAUGGUCACUUCACUCAUAAGCUCAGGAUGCCCCUUCCGCCUUUCUGAGGAAGAGAAAUGAGAUACAGAGAAACAGACUGAGAGUGCUGAAGUUGCCUGAUCU